UUUUGAGUCUCAGCGUCAAACUCCUCCCUAUUCAGCAGGCGCAUACCGAGCAGAGGCGCGAGCUGCUGCUGUAGUAGUAAGCGGCCAGCAGGCGAGUGCGUGACACCGGCAAACGAUCACACGGAAGAGAGAGAGAGCCGCUGAACACGCGUACCACACAAACACGGAAAGACAGGACUGUCCGCUCUACAUCACACAUUCAUGGCGCUGUGCAACGGGGAGAGCAAGCUGGAUAUCAUCGGAGAGCCUAAAGAUGGUUUAUGUUCCUACGAGGGUGCCGUGGUGAUCCUAGACGCGGGAGCACAGUAUGGGAAAGUGAUUGACAGGCGGGUACGAGAGCUGUUUGUCCAGUCUGAGAUUCUGCCUUUGGAGACGCCAGCCUUCGCCAUCAGAGAGCAAGGUUUCAGGGCCAUUAUUAUAUCCGGAGGGCCAAACUCUGUCUAUGCUGAAGAUGCACCCUGGUUUGAUCCAGCCAUAUUCACCAUCGGAAAACCAGUUCUCGGAAUCUGCUAUGGAAUGCAGAUGAUGAAUAAAGUUUUUGGAGGCACAGUACACAGGAAGAGUGUGAGGGAGGACGGUGUUUUCAGCAUUACAUUGGACAAUUCCUGCUCGCUCUUCAGGGGGCUGCAAAAGGAGGAAAAUGUUCUGCUGACACAUGGAGACAGUGUUGACAAAGUAGCAGAUGGUUUCAAAGUUGUUGCACAGUCAGGAAACAUUGCGGCCGCCAUUGCUAAUGAGCAGAAGAAACUUUACGGCACUCAGUUUCAUCCAGAGGUCGAUCUGACUGAGAGGGGGAUGGACAUGCUACGCAACUUCCUGUUUGAGAUUGCUGGCUGUAGCAGCAACUUUACAGUACAGAACCGUCAGCUGAACUGCAUCAGUGAGAUCAGAGAGAAGGUGGACAAAUCCAAAGUUCUGGUGUUAUUGAGUGGUGGUGUAGAUUCCACUGUGUGCACAGCCCUGCUGAAUAAAGCCCUAAAUCAGGAGCAAGUGAUUGCAGUUCACAUCGACAAUGGCUUCAUGAGAAAGAGAGAGAGUCAGAGUGUUGAGGAAGCUUUGACUAAACUCGGCAUCAAACUCAAAGUGGUAAACGCAGCGCACACCUUUUACAAUGGCACAACGACCCUUCCAAUAUCAGAAGAGGAUCGCACACCCAGGAAACGCAUCAGCAAAACGCUUAACAUGACCACCAAUCCAGAAGAGAAACGGAAAAUCAUUGGGGAUACGUUUGUAAAAGUUGCAAAUGAAGUGAUCGGAGAGAUGAAUCUGAAGCCAGAGGAUGUGUUCUUGGCGCAAGGCACGCUCAGGCCAGAUCUUAUUGAGAGUGCGUCUCACCUGGCUAGCGGGAAGGCAGAAGUUAUCAAAACGCACCACAACGACACAGAACUCAUCCGCAAACUCAGAGACGAGGGUAAAGUAAUCGAGCCACUGAAGGAUUUCCAUAAGGAUGAAGUGAGAGCACUAGGUCGAGAGCUGGGGCUCCCUGAAGAGAUCGUCUCCCGACAUCCCUUCCCUGGUCCAGGCCUUGCCAUCAGAGUGAUAUGCGCUGAUGAGCCUUACAUCUGUAAAGACUUUGCUGAGACCAACAACAUCCUGAAAAUCAUCACAGACUUCUCUGCCAGUGUCAAAAAGCCACACACCCUUCUUCAGAGAGUGAAGUCAUGUAUAUCAGAUGAGGAGGAAGAGAAACUCAUGCAGAUCACCAGCCUUCAUUCACUGAAUGCCUUUCUGCUGCCAAUUAAAACUGUCGGUGUCCAGGGUGACUCCCGGUCAUACAGUUAUGUUUGUGGGGUGAGCAGUAAAGAGGCCCCUCACUGGGAUUCACUGAUGUUCCUGGCCAGACUCAUCCCUCGGAUCUGUCACUCCAUCAACAGAGUUGUUUACGUUUUCGGAUCACACGUAAAGGAGCCGCCCACUGACAUCACGCCCACCUUCCUGACCACUGGUGUACUCAGCACGCUAAGACAGGCAGACUUUGUAGCACACUCCAUUUUAAGAGAGUCCGGCUACUCAAGUAAGAUCAGCCAGAUGCCAGUCAUCCUCACCCCACUGCACUUUGAUCGUGACCCGCUGCAGAAGCAGCCGUCCUGCAGACGUUCCGUCGUCAUCAGAACCUUCAUCACCAGUGACUUCAUGACCGGCAUCGCCGCUACUCCAGACAACCAAAUCCCUGAAGAGGUGGUUCUCAAGAUGGUCAACGAGAUCAAGAAAAUCCCAGGCAUCUCGAGAGUGAUGUAUGACCUGACGUCCAAGCCACCGGGAACCACCGAGUGGGAGUAGAACAGUGGACUAUUGUACCUUCUGAUUUAUCCUUGUCGACUCCUCUUCUACCUCCCCUUUUCCCAGUACUGCUACAUUCCCCCCCAAAUCCUUUUUCUCCACUCUCGCCACCCCCUUUAGUCACGCCGCCCUGUCAUUGUCCCACUGAGACCGGAACAUUCCCUACAAUGGCAGGUUGUACUGUGAUUGGCGUUAAACUGACAACGCCACUUCAGUUCCGCCUCAUUAUCUGGGGUCGGUUGUAAUAUUGGUAUUAUAAUUGUUAUUGUUAUCCUCAUCACUGAUGAUGAUAAUGAUGAUACAUUUACAUCUUUUUUUUUUUUUUUUAAAUCAGCUCUCUGUUUAAUGCAUUGUGACAGGUCACUCCUCCACGCUUUCUGUUGUAGCCACUGAAGGUCUAAGAUCAUUUUAGGGCAGUUGACUGUCCAUGUGCAGCAUGACACGAAGAAAGCCGUUUUUUAAGCAAAUCUACUCAUUUAAGGGUUAAGCUCCAAGUGUUGCUGCUUUCUGCCUUUAAGAUAAACUUGUUUUCAUUAACUCAGUUUGUGCAGUGUUGAUUUUGGUUUGGAUUUCUUACCUGAAUCCUUCGUUGGAAGUGGCAGGUAAAGACUAGCAGUAGUAGCUCCUUAAACAUGACCAGUCGAUGUUUAUUUGCCAAAUACAGAUGAGAUCAGACAGUUUGCUGAAUGACGGUCUUACGCUGUGGACGGGUUGGUUCAUCACAGAGGUUUUGCUGUGAAGGAGUCUCCUAAAUCUGGAGGCCUCCUGAAAUUUGUGCCUGUUUUAUCUUCUUUUCUUUUUUUUUCAGGGAUGUGACUUUAUUUUAUGGUGAAUUAUUUUCUUCCGUCUUUUCAGGCAAAUGAUUUUUGAGAUGUGAAUAGUGAUAAGUGAGAAAAUGUGUUAUUACUGAUGUCUGCAUAUUAUACAUCACCAUCAUGUUUGAGUUUGCCUAGGCUGGUCUUAUAAACAUGUAAGAUCAACAGUGUACUUAUUUUCACCAAUAAAGGCCUUUUUUUUUUCUUUUUUCUUUUUUUGUGCGUGUGUGCUAGGUAGAGCAAUAGGGUUUUCAAAGGCAGAUGAAAUGAUAUUUACAGGAGGAGGAAGCAUAGGUGAUUGAUAUGACACCAGAUGAGGGGCAUCAUCCCACAAAGAACGCCAAGUCUUUUUGAUUUGGGUUGGGCUUAACUGAAUUUGGACCACGAGUUAGUCAAUAUUUGAGUCCUCCUGUGCGUGUGGCCUCAUUAUUAAUAUUCCACCCCUUUAACAGAAGCCUGUUCUUAUGUAUAGAGAGAGGGGGCUUUGAUUGGACUCAAAUGGAGUUCUGUGUCUAGCCCUUUGUCUAAUUUAUGAUGUAGAGAAUUGUGAUAUGAAUAACAUGCUCGGUAUUUAUUGUCUUUAAAGAUGUCAUUUCAAAACGUUCUGUUGUCAUUAUAGCAAAAAACUCAAUGCAAGAUGAACUUGUCUUAAUCGCAAAUCUUGUUCUUAAUGUCUUUUUUUCUCAGUGUCACCUUUACCAUGUGUAUAUUUUACUUGUCUAAUAGUAAUCCAUCUAUCAAGUUUAAAUUCCUAGUGGGUAAACUGCAAUAUUACUUGAUAUUCAGUUUAAUUUAUGCAAUUCUAUGUUGAUUCUCCCUCCCCCUUCUUUUUUUUGUCUAAACCUGAACAAUGCUGUUUUACCUUAGUAUUGUGCCUCAGACCAAGCCACCGCAUGCAGUUUGAAACUGAUAUUUGUAUAAUGCAAACUGAGCUUUAAUAAAGAACUCUGUGUUCAGAUUUCUCUCA